AUCGAGCCUUUCUUAGUGAAACACAAGACGCCUGGCAGCAAUGAGGUCUACUACGAGGGCUUCAUCAAGGACAUCAUGGAUGAACUGACGACUGAGCUCGGCGUCACCUACAAGUUUGACGUGAGAGAGGACAACGCGUUCGGACACAUGCACCUGAACGGGUCGUGGGACGGCCUCAUCGGUGAUGUCAUCAAAGGCGAAACAGACUUGGUUGCAGCGCCACUGACGGAGACCGCGAGCCGCUACAGAGUUGUGGAUUUCUCCACUCCGUUUAUGGGCUUUGGCUCUGUGGUGAUCAUGAGGAAGCCACAGGCGGUGAUCAUGACUCUACAGGAACGCUUCAAGAGACUCUUCUCUCCGCUCUCUGAUGGCGUGUGGCUCAUGUCCGGUCUGGCGUGGCUGGUGACCAGUGCUGUGCUCUACGUCAUCUGUCACGUGAACCCGUACGAGUGGCGCCGCCUGUGUCGAGACAGGGAGGCGACCAUGAGGGAAGGGGAGUCAUUCACCUGCCCGAACACUUUCUGGUUCACCACCAGUACACUGCUCUGGCAAGUCACUUGAGGACCUGGCGGACCAACAGGCGGUGGAAGUUGCUGUACUGAAGGGAGGAUCCUCACAGGAGAACCUGAACACAUCACCGGCUCGUACUCUCUGGCGAUGUCGAUCAACUUUACCUUGAAACACGACCUCAACGUGGCUUUGCUGGAGAUGAAAGAGAAAGGCACCCUCAAAACACUCCAGAAUCGAUGGUUCUCAGGGGCUUGUACGGAUUUCCUCUUGGAUUCGUCCUACAGGGAAAAGGUUGAAGUCCCAAAGUUCUACAAGGUUGACCUGGGCUCUUUCUCCGGAGCUCUCAUCAUCCUGACUAUCGGUCUGGCUAUCGGCAGUCUCGCCACUCUAGUGGAGGUCCUGGUCUUCAGGCAUACGGAGAAGGAGGAGCGUGAGGAGAAAGAACGGCUGAGGCGGCCAGCCAAUGACGAGGGAUCUCACAACAAAGAUGGCGCCGGGCCCCGGAAAACGGACGAGCCAGUAACUGACGUGUGACGUCAGCACAACAUUAAUUAAUCACCCGCUGCACGAUUGUUUCACCUCCGAGUUGUAAUGUACGCCUCAUCCAUUUUCUAACACCAUUGCUCUCAAAUCUUACCCUCACUUAAUUUUUAAAUUCUAAUUAACUAGUAAUUCGCGUGUUUCAUUGAAUAACUUUUCUUUUAGUAACGACUUAGAUAGCACAUAAUUAACUACCUCCCAUCAAACCUCACUCUUCUAAUUUGUUUAUAACUUCUAUCAUGCGUUGGGAAAAUGUGUCCACAUUGUGUUAUAUUUCUUAUAGUCCCCAUUCGAACUAGAAUUGGAAAAUAUAAAUUCCAAUGUCACACAAAACUGGCUUUCCUUCCCAUCUUUCAAAGUCAUGUUUCAUAUCAUCUGUAUAUAAUCCUCCAGGGUUGUCGUUAUUUUGUCUUUUGUUUUUUUAGUUGAAGGGGGGGUCUCUUUGCUUCAUUUCUGUACAUUUUUGUGCAAUUUUUUUCCUUUAAAAAAUGUUCCGGUUCUUAAGGUACCGAUUUUUAAAAGUUAACUCUAUUCUGCUGUAUCUGUAUUCUGCAGAAGGAUUCAGCAGAGCUGUGCGUGUGUGUUAAUGAAGUGUAGUGUUGCUCGUUACAUUGUCUGGAUCUAGGAGUUAUCUCAGGUUGUUUAAAACACGAUUUAAAAAAUGAAAGCAAGCUUGGCAGUAAAGAGGUUAAUAAGAUUAAAGUGUUAAAUACACUACUUUUAUAGACAGCACUGCUCUGAGAGUUUUCACUGAGGGGUGAUUUUUAAAACGUUGAGAAGAGCAUUUGAAGUGUGGUUUAAAUAGUGUUUUCGGGGGUUCUUUGGAUAAGAUUGGAUUUAGAAAUCAGAUGUGUGGAGGAAGAUAACAUCUCAAUCCUCCAAGCAAAGCACAAGAGAUGGGAAACUUGCAAGACGUUUCUCAAAGUCCGAAUCGGCCCCAGAAUCCGUUUACCGAACAUAUCAGAUCUGUAAGAAGAGGAUCUGUCAAGAUAUAAUCAAGGCGUGAAGAAUCGUAAUGGAAAUCCUGCUGGAGUAAAUUGACCUCAUGAAUAUUUUCCAACACUCCGUCCCUAUCUCCCAGUAAGCAGAAAACCUGUUUCCGACUCAGCCUUGCAGCUGUGUCCAUCUGUAAUGAGAGAAUGAGGAGGGUCUCUGUUAACUGCUUAUUAGAGAACUCUCGUUACACUGAGAGACAAAAUUUUUUGUACACUUAAGAGUAAGGGACUCGAACUAAAAUUACCCGGGAACCGCUAUGGGUAGAGUCUGGGUGAGCCUCGGCUGCAUUCAGUACAUGCAGUCCACACACAAAGAGAAAAAAACUUUCAAGUUUAAGAAAAAGUAAUACUUGUCUAAUUUUCAUGAUGUUUUACGGUAGGCAAUAGUGGUUUGAAAUAUAUACAUACUUAUAAAAUACAUAGUAAAUAUAAAUCCACGGCAUUAUCUCUGCAAUAAGGUACGUGAGUGGAAAACAUGCCGGCAGCAAUAACGCAUAAUUCUGAUGUCAACUUGGGGCCGCAAAAAUACCAUCC